AUGUUCUGCUACCAUUGCCCGCCCGCACUGCAUCCUGGAGCACCUCAACCACGGCUACCAACUUUGGAAUACCCUUUUACGCCUACCCAUCCAUAUACUAGUUACUCUUACCACCCAGCAAUACACGAUGACACAUUUGUUAGAAGAAAACAGAGAAGAAAUAGAACUACAUUUACUUUACAACAAUUAGAAGAAUUAGAAAGCGCCUUUGCGCAAACUCAUUAUCCUGAUGUCUUCACAAGAGAAGAUUUAGCAAUGAAAAUAAAUUUAACCGAAGCUAGGGUGCAAGUAUGGUUUCAAAAUCGAAGAGCAAAAUGGAGGAAAGCGGAAAGGCUAAAAGAAGAACAACGCAAACGGGAGGGACAAGAUGUUGUGAAGAGAGACGAUGACACAAAAGAAGAAAAAGUUGAAGAUGGUCUUCCAAGUAGCUCACCGGAAACGAAUGUCGAUGAAGAAGCCGCGCGAGAUCGAGAAUGUUCGAGUCGAAGCAGCGCAGGCCGAGAAACACCCGAGCAAACGCGAAGCGUCGCCGAAGCCGAUCCUUCGAGUCCUUUGUCGCCGCAUAGUCCUGCUCCUUCGGGAUCAUCGGAACCACCAAAGACGGUGCAGCCGCCUCCAUUUUCGCAUAUGUUUCCGUUUGGUGACAGUCAUGCCGGCGGUUUUCGACCUGUCUUAGAUGGUUCUGGAACGAGAAAUACGCCGCCGUUAUUUUUUUCUCCGCAUUUGGCGUCCCACCUGUCAUCGCAGUUUUCACCGCCAUUAUUUCCAACACUAAAAGGUUUCCCAGGCCUAUGCUCCUGCUGUCCAAUGAAACCGCUCUCCAGCUUAGGCUCUAACCUACUGCCGACCAGCGAAGCUUCUGACAUGUCCCCCGGAGGAGACCAGCGCUCCUCCAGCGUAGCAGAACUGCGCAGGAAAGCCCAAGAACACUCGGCGGCCUUACUUCAGAGCCUGCAACAUGUCGCAAAUUUUCAGCAAGCAGCAGGUUUCGCAGGCGCUGGUCUAAAUUUUCCUAUUUUGCCUCCGCUGACACUGCAGGCGCUUCAAAGGAAGCACGAAAUCUCGGAAGGUAGCAGCAGUGAGGCGGGUGCUACUAAAGAGGCCCCAAUGUAG